AUGGCCGUAAUCAGUCGGUCCGUCAAGGGCCGCCAUUGUCUGGCCACCAGUCGCAAGGUCAUCGGCAGUGUUGCCGCGACUCACAUUUUCCACGCCAUGGUGCGCGUGCGCCGUCUCCCCCGUCUCUCGGUCGCACUGAAGCGCCCCGAUACCUUGGGCGACCAGCUCGUCAACAAGAAGCUCGCCGAUAGUCUGACUCGAAUCACUCAUCGCAAGAACUCUUCGCACGGUAUGGACGUCGACAAGAGUGGUUUCUGUGGACAGGCGGUCGGCUCUGCUGUCGACAAUGAGCGACAUGUCGCGAAAAUUCACACAAACGUGGACAUGGCCAUGGACAUUGACACGGAUAACGAUAUGGGAAUUGAGGCGGACUUGAUCGACCUCAUGGACGUCGACGACGUCGACACCGACAUGAGCGACGACGACGACUUCUCCCACUGCCCCUCCACCCCCUCCACCCCCGCCACCAUAUACUCUGCCACCUGGACCCCGUCCCCCAAGUUCCAGGCGCCCUCGACCCCCCCGUCGACCUACUCCCAGGCCUUCUUCAAGACCCCAGAGACCUCGGGCUCGUCCUUCUGGCAGACGAUUGCCGACACACCCACCCCGGCCAACAACCUUCCCGCCGCUGCUUCUCCCACCCCGGUGAGAAAUGGCCCCAUCGGAUUCACCAUGGAGCCUCCUGCUGCCCAGCAGCCUGCCGCUCAGCAGCCUGUGAGGAAUGGUCCCAUCUCAUUCAACAUGGAGCCUCUCAAGCCUCAGCCUGCUGCCGCUCAGCAACCUGCCACUCAGCAGCCUGUGAGAAAUGGUCCCAUCUCAUUCAACAUGGAGCCUCUCAAGCCUCAGGCUGCUACCGCUCAGCAGGCUGCCACUCUGCAGGGCAUGAGAAAUGGUCCCAUCGCAUUUACCAUGGAGUCUCCCAAGCCUCAGCCUCCUGCCCCUCAGCAGCCUGUGAGAAAUGGCCCCAUCACAUUCACCGUGGGGCCUUUCACCCCCCAGAAGGCUGCCGCUCAGCAGCAGUUCAAUACUCAGCAGGGCCCAACCCACCCUCAGCAGCCCACUGCUCAGCAGGCUAUGAGAAAUGGCCCCAUCGCUUUCACCAUGGAGCCCUUCACCCCCAAGCAGGCUGCCGCUCAACAGCAGUUCCCUACUCAGCAGUUCGCAACUCAGCAGUUCGCUACUCAGCAGUUCACUACUCAGCAGGGCCCAGUCCACCCUCAGCAGCCUGCUGCUCAGCAGCCUGUGAGAAAUGGCCCAAUUGCAUUCACCAUGGGACCUUUCACCCCCCAGCAGCCUGCCGCUCAGCAGCCUCACGCUCAGCAGCCUCACACCCAGCAGCCUCACGCUCAGCAGCCUGACACCCAGCAGCCUCACGCCCAGCAGCCUUUCACUCAGCCUGCUGUGAAAAAUGGCCCUAUUGCAUUCACCAUGGAGCCUCAGCAGUCUACCACUCAGCCCGCCCCAGCCAAGCCGAGUCCAACCGUGGCUCCCCUGGCUCCCCGCACUCACCAGCUGCCUCCUCACCGUGCCAUCAAGCCACUGGAGCCCCAGGCGAUGGAUCAUCUCACCCACGGCCUAGCCUCAUUUCACGUCUCCGACCCAGCGACUUACGACUGGACCCUGGCACCCAGGUUCGGCCCCUACGUGGGCAGAGCCAACAGCGAGGCCUUCGAGACCAAGCUUGCCUUCCUGGCCGACCAGCCCAUGGAGUGCCUCGUCCAGCGCAUGACGGGCACCUCGUUCCAUGUCACCAAGGCCAAGGACCAGAACUGGACGGCGCCUACCAUCUACGGCCCGUUCGUCGGCAAGGAGAACAGCGCCGCGUGGGAGGCGAAGUGGGAGUCGUGGUGGGACGCCUUCAGGGCUGCUGAGGCCAAGCUUGACUCUGACGAGGUCCCGCAUGUCGACAAGGGCAAGGGCGUCGCUACUGAGCCUCAGCCUGCUGGUGAGGAUGAGGGUGCCACAUCGCCUGCUCCGUCUUCGCCUCCUGCCCAGGCCACCUCUGCAGCGGUGCCGGCAGCCUACGACUAUGCCUUCGCCAACAACAUGAUGGAUCACAUGUACUACUCCGCACUGCCACGGCUCGCGGUCGAGUUCAACUCCCGUGACAAGCCCUGGUACACCUCGGCCCGUCGGGAGAACGAGGCGGACGACCUCAAGGAGAAGAUGGAUCGCAAGGAGCUCAACGGCGAGAGCUUCGCGAUGAUCGACGGCGCAUAUCGAGACCGAUCCAGCCUCGACCGCAUGUCGCUCUGCGAGCUCUUCGACGAUUGGUGGACUGAUGUAAUCAGCGAUGAUCUGUAUAUGAUCUUCAGGGAUUGGAGCGAGGACGACCACGUUAAGUUCGGCAACGAGCUGAGGGACGCCUUCAGCGCGUAUAUCGACAGCCCCCCUCCCCCGGCCGAGACGGCCGACGACGACUCCGAUUAG